AUGGCCAAGGAUACCUAUUCCAUGCUUCAGAAAAAGAGGAAAUGCAGCUCCAAAUUCUUCCACAGGGGAUGGGACUUUCGGCAACUCCAGCUGGCAGAUCGUCCCAUAGUCUUAGAGGCUGAGCUGAAACUGACUCUGGAGGUCUUGAAAGGCAUCCAAAACCCUGAACUGCAGGAUGUUCUGAUUCAACCCUUACAAACCCUCAGCCACAUCUACCGAGAGAUCCAAAGCUGUGUGACUCCCCUGCCCUCUAGAGGACACAGGCUUCCCGGCCGCCCCAACAAUUGGCUGCACAGGCUCACUGAGGCGGGGAAGGAAUCUCAGAGUUGUCUAGAGGCUUCAGUCAUGCUCACCCUCCUCCGACUCCUGACACAAGAUCUCCGGUGUGUGGCGUACGGGGACCUCUGUUAA